AGCAUUUCGUUAGGAGUGCGUAUAAUUAUGCUGCAACCUAACCAUGGUUAGCAUUGUUAGUUAGGGCCGUAGAGUGUAUAUCGCUCUAAUUAAAACAACUGUCAUGAUUUGUAAGCAAUAAAGAAAGGAUUCGCUAUUAAAGAUUGAAAUGAGAUUUGAUUUGGGCAGCAGAAAAAAGACACAACUCCUUGAUAAAAUUACACAUACAUAAACAAUUUGUAAUAAUAUAUAAGUUUUUGGUGUGGAAAUCCACAAUAGUCGGAAAUAGACAGAGAACGUUUCAACACCAUUUUUCCCGGGCAAAAGCUAACUAACUAACUAACUAACUAACUCUUUGUUCUCGUUUCUGUCACCUUUUUGUUGUUGUUGUUGUUACGUCCCCCCCCUCUUUCUUUGGGUUCAUAGGAUUUCUAGUUUUCGGGACAAAGUUCUUUUAUUUUUCAAGAAUGCCAAGAUGCUCGAUUGAGGUUGAGCAUCCAGACAACGAAGAAGAAAAUUAACAAAAUCUUCGAGCUUUUCUUCUCUUUUUUUUUUUGGUUUUUUUCCCCUGAAAUUAUUAACCAAUAAUCUUCGAGUAGAGAAAAUGAGCGCUUCAAGAUUUGUAAAGUGUGUGACGGUUGGUGAUGGAGCUGUCGGAAAAACAUGUUUGUUGAUUUCUUACACUAGCAACACUUUCCCUACGGAUUAUGUGCCCACCGUUUUCGAUAAUUUCAGUGCAAAUGUGGUGGUUAAUGGAGCCACCGUCAAUCUUGGAUUGUGGGAUACUGCAGGUUCUUUUCAUAUAAACUUUUCUUUCUUUUUUUUUUCCUGUGCUUUUGAAUCUCAGAUUUUGAAAAUGUGGGUAUUAAUGAUUAAAACAGGGCAAGAGGAUUACAACAGAUUAAGACCACUAAGCUACCGUGGAGCAGACGUUUUCAUAUUGGCCUUCUCUCUUAUCAGUAAAGCCAGUUAUGAAAACGUCUCCAAAAAGUGGAUCCCGGAGUUGAAACAUUACGCACCUGGUGUCCCCAUUAUCCUUGUUGGAUCAAAGCUUGAUCUUCGAGAUGAUAAGCAGUUCUUCAUCGACCAUCCUGGUGCUGUCCCAAUCUCUACUGCUCAGGGAGAGGAGCUGAAGAAGCUAAUAGAAGCACCUUUUUACAUCGAAUGCAGUUCCAAAUCUCAAGAGAAUGUGAAGGCAGUGUUUGACGCGGCCAUACGAGUGGUGUUGCAACCUCCUAAGCAGAAGAAGAAAAAGAGCAAAGCGCAGAAGGCAUGCUCCAUCCUAUGAAGAUGAUUUGGAAAACUCUGCAUUUUAUUUGUGGUUUUGGUAUAUUAUAAUCUUCUAAGUUAACGCUCCAUCAAUGUGUUAAUGGACAAACACCCAAGUUUGGUUUUGGUCUUUUUCAUGUUCUUAAUACUAAUGGAGUUUCGAACCUAACAUCUUUUGCUUCUGCAAUUCACUCAUAUGCACAAUUAGCACAAGAACCAUGUUAUCAAUCAGUUUCAAUUCCCAACACAACUAUUUAUCAAUACGGUGCACAUCUCUCGAAUUAGGAAACAAGACUGGUUUAUUAUCUUAGUCAUAGCUUUGCCUGUUUCCAUGGUUCUGAUCCUCAGUAUGAUCCAAACUUUUAUGUUUGCUUUCCAAGGAACAACUUUUAAAGUUUUCCAUCUUUUUUGGCUCAACCUCUCAAAGUAAUAAAACCAUAGUCCACAGGAUAAGAUCCUCUUAUGGGCACAUGACAGAUCGCUGAGAUUCAAUUAACACCACCUCAAAUUUGCUUCUUCUAGAUUUGCAAAGUUUCAAGGUUCGUGAAAUUAUCGUAUUAUUUGGUUAAACAAAACUAAAGAGGCAAUUUCUCAAGUCCCACAUCGGUAAGCUAAAGAAAGUUAGUCAUAACCUUAGCGCUAUAAAAUAGAAGUCGAGCCCUCCUUAGAAAUCAUACCUUUUUCGGCCUUUUGGCUAAGAUUAAGUGUAGUGUUUGUUCUUAUCAGUUUAAUAUCUGAUAUGUUGGCCACACGCCUUCUUCAUAUUAACUCUAUUUUUUAAGAGAGAAAGUCUGUCAUGAUAGCUUGCUAUCUAGGCUUCUAUAAGUCACCCAUGUGUUUCAUUGCUGCAAGGAUCUGGCUCAACCCACCAGAGCAAUAGUUCAACUCUUUAACUUAGUCUUUAUUACUUGUUGUU